ACUUCUUCAUAGUCUAACACCACUUGUACCUCCCCCUUAUAAUCCACCCCAGCAGCCAGCAUCAUCUUUCUCCUCCACUAUCUCUCCUCUUUCCAAUUUCCAACCGAAGCUCCUCGAAAAAAAGCUUCGAGAAAAAUGGCGCUUCGAACUCUGAUGACCAGGAAAACCCUAGCUUCUGCAUCUUCAAACCAAGGUCUUCUUCAUCAAUGUCGAUCGUUGCAGACUUUCUCUCUCCCUGACCUUCCGUACGACUAUGGCGCUCUUGAGCCUGCCAUUAGCGCCGAAAUCAUGCAGCUUCACCAUCAGAAGCAUCACCAGACUUACAUCACUAACUAUAACAAAGCUCUUGAGCAGCUCGAUGAUGCUAUUGCUAAAGGCGAUGCUUCUAGUGUUGUUAAGCUUCAAAGCGCCAUUAAAUUCAAUGGCGGAGGUCAUGUGAAUCACUCAAUUUUCUGGAAGAAUCUUGCUCCAAUUAGUGAAGGAGGUGGUGAGCCUCCAAAAGCUUCACUGGGUUGGGCAAUUGAUUCAAACUUUGGCUCUCUGGAAGCUCUUAUCCAGAAAAUGAAUGCGGAAGGAGCUGCCUUACAAGGUUCUGGAUGGGUGUGGCUUGGACUUGACACACAAUCGAAGAAGCUUCUUGUUGAAACCACUCCAAAUCAGGACCCUCUGGUAACUAAAGGACCAAGUUUGGUUCCUAUACUUGGUAUAGACGUAUGGGAGCAUGCGUACUACCUGCAGUACAAGAAUGUGAGACCUGAUUAUCUGAAGAACAUCUGGAAGAUUAUGAACUGGAAACAUGCAAGCGAGGUGUAUGAAAAAGAAUGCCCCAGCCACUAAGCUGUUACAUACCAUCAUUUGGCGGAGGAAUAAAUAUAAUGCUAUAGAAAUAGAGGAAAGCCAUGUUGUGGAGGUCGGCUUUGCUGUCUCAUCCACAAACAGGCUUACUUUCCACUCUAGGUUCUCAUAUUCCCGUUUUAGCAUUCUGUGAUUUUGACAGAUUAAUAAACUGUCUUAACUACUGACACUCACUGAGGUUUUUUAUGUAGAUUGUGUGCAGAUCUUCUGUUCCUAUUUAUGUUAUUUUUCCUUCCAAGUUCUGUUAGUCAGUACACCAUAGUAUUUGGUAAUGUGAUAUCGGGUGAGACACCCAUUCUUGCUUCU